CUUGUCGGGAAUGCCUUAGAACUGUGAAAACAACACAGGAGUUAAGAGAGGAUGCAGAGCAGCACAGCCAGGCAAAUCACUUGCUAGGGUUCACUCCAGUGGAGUACGUGACAAGGAAAGGAAAAAUUCCUUAAGAUCUCCCUCCAGACAGAUGCUGCAAGGAGAUCCAGAUUUCCAGUCGAAAGCAUUUCAAGGUAGAUGCAGCUGAGCAACGAUGCUUUUUUAAAAUUGAGCAAAGCAGAGAGGAUUCCGUUUCCCAGUUUCGAUUCAGAGCCGUUUGUUUUAUCGAACAAAAAGGACACUGUGACUUCGAUUUCUCAUGGAUCAGCCAGCGAGCAGCUGUAUGAGGAGCUCCCACCCCGGCAGCCCAAUCUGGGGGUGCAUGCGGAACCCACAUUCGGGGGUGCCACCUCCAGGUCUCCAGCCUUAUCAGCAAGCCCCAUUCUCCUUUCAUCAGAAGCCUGAAUUCCUGGCCUACACGGAUUUCUCCACCUCCUGCCUGGUGUCUGCACCCCAUGCCUACCCCCGGGACGAGAGACUAUAUGUCGAGCAACACUCGGGGUUCCAGCGCCCUGAGUGGCAGUUCUCACCCACUGAAGCCCGCAGCCGGCAGGAGCCCUGCUUGGCAUCAGUUCCCAUGAGCAGCAGCAGCGCCGAGAUGGAGACUGGAGGGGCUGACAGGCUGCCAGUGUCAGUACCAGGGUGCCUGGAUGGUGAAUACAGCGGGCAUGGGAUGGCACCCACAGAGACAGAAAAAAAGUCCUCCAAGAGAAAAAGAGAGCUAUCAGAAAACCAAGACUCCAACUACAAAGGAGAUUCCAACAGUAAGGCCAGGAAGGAAAGGACAGCGUUCACUAAGGAGCAGCUUCGCGAACUGGAGGCUGAAUUCUCUCACCACAACUAUCUGACCAGGCUGCGCCGAUAUGAGAUCGCUGUCAAUCUGGACCUCACUGAGAGACAGGUGAAGGUGUGGUUCCAGAACAGACGCAUGAAGUGGAAAAGGGUGAAAGGUGGACAGCCAGCCUCCCCGAACGACUUGGAGACAGACGAGGUGGACUCUGCAGCUUCCCCCAGCUCCGAGUGAGCAGACUGCCUGAUCUUCGCCCUGCGGACUGCAGCUGAGAUAAGCCCUCUGGGGCUCUUAGAGGAUGGAGUUGAGAGCUGGUGAACCAAAAGACUUCGACUGCCAAGGGAGCAGGCAGCUGCCUCUUGUGAAUUGAUACAUACUUCCUGUUGCGAAUAUUUCUAGUUCACACGAAAGAGACAAUGACAGGCCUGUGUGUCAGAUGUGUUUGCAUGUUAAGCUUGGUUUGUGCAAAUCCUAAAUCUGGAAUAUGGAAUGAGGGGAGAGGCGUCCUAUGAGUUCAGGGCUGUACCAGGAGGUGUUUGUCCUAAAAUGGACAUGGACGAUCUGGGCAGCAGAUAGUGUGGACAUGGAUAAGUAGUCACCAUGAAGGGGUGAGGGUGCUUCUCUGUGGUGAUGGCCCUUGUCUUGACAUUGACUGACAGUCGUCAUUUGGGUCUUCACUAAAGAUAGACCACAGAGACUGCAGCAUGAAGUAUUAUGGCCAAAGAAAACGACAAAAAAUCAGGUUUUAGUAAAAUGUUCUGCCCCCCCAAAAAAGGUGAUGGUCUAAUGAAUUUAGGAAAGGUGAAUUUCUUUUAUACCUUUUUGCCCCUCCCCAGUCCAGCAUUCGAUCAUAGUCAUUUAUGGGCUCAGAGUAUGUGCAACGCCACUCCCUAGAUAUCUGCUAACUUCACUGGUCCAGAAGACCGGGUCUACAGCUCCUGGAGAACUUGAACUGUCUAUGUUUCAAGGAGUUGGCAUUACCCCCUCCCCCAUAACCAGCACCAAUGAGCCAUAUUACACUUCCCUUUUAAGAACGAAGCUGCCUUGGGUCACAGAUUACUUUUGUCUUUUUUGUGGCACCACAGUCUAGAAAAAAAGAGUGUCAAAUCAUUCAGGGAGAACUUAUUUUUUUUCAAAGAGGACGGGGUUGCGUCCUUUAUCUCACACUCUGAUCUCUGUCAGUGUGCUUUGCAAGCAAGUGUAUACUCAGCAAAGGAAAUAUUGGCAGCUUGUUUACUUGGGUGUCUCACCUGAGCAGACAUUAAACCUCAUGCUAGUGCCGGUAGGAAAUUGUGGCCUGUCCAGCAGUGAGACAGAUAUUUUGAACAUCAGAAAGUCCACAGAUGAUAACAGGUCGUUUGGUCCCAUUUCUUCGUAGUGCCGUAGCCAGUACUGGUUGUACAGGGAACAAACCCUUAAGAGUGAAAUCCCCUUGAAGAAUCCCGAAGGAUAGGGAUCAUUCAGGAGAACAUAGCCUGCGUGUCUCUGGGGGCCGUGAGGAAGCAGGAGGCCCUGGGAAAACUAUGCAGACUCAAGACAGACAAGCUCAAGAGCCAAUCCAAACCCAGGACCUUUGAACUGUGUGAUGACCUUCACCCCAUCAGGUCUGCGCAAAUAUCUUCAAAAACGUGUGAUGCAGUACACAUUCCAAACAUAGCUCCCUAGCUAAGCAUUUCAGAGGAUGUUUUUUAUACUGUUUUCUAUAAGGCUGUUUCUAGAAUAUAAUUGUUGAUAAUAUUUUCCUAUGUUUUAUUUUUGGUGUAUUUCACAAAUAACAAAUACAGGUGUAGCAUAUUCAUAAAAGUUAAUAAAAGUCUCCAUAAAUCUAAGAAAGCUAUUUUUUAUGUUAGGCCUACAGACAUUCUUCCAGCAAGUCUGGUGAAAUAUUGGGUGCUGUGAGAAGAAACCACAAUGUUGUAGCCGGUAUUGUAAUUAAUUGUCCUUUGUAAUAUUAUUUAUGUAGCUUGUCAUUGGACUGCAUGGGCAGCAGUAUCCAAAAAUACUGCAUAAAUUAACGUCUUUUCAAUCAGCAACCAUAAAUUAAAAAUCCUUCCAUCAUAUAAGCUUGGCUCCUAUUCCGUUUUAAUGUAAAAUACUAUGUGUAUUACAUGUGUUUUAUAUUUGUCUGUGUUGUUGCUUC